GAGAGAGGAACCCAAAAUCGAGCAGAGGCUAGUUCGGGGCGUGAGCGUCAAAUCUACAUAUCCUCUCUCUCUCUCUCACAUCCAUAGAUUCGAUUCCAUCGCCGAUCAUUUCUGCUCCUUCAAUCUCUCAUUCUCAAUAAUGCUCCCUGAUUUUCGAGGAUUGGCUUUGAGCUGCCAAGAAAUGGAUGGAGAUGCAUUUUCUGGGGCACAGAUAGAUGGGAGGGUAUUGCAGACAUUUCAGAAAAGCUUUGUGCAAGUUCAAAAUAUUUUGGAUCAUAAUAGGUUGCUGAUUAGUGAGAUUAAUCAGAACCAUGAGUCCAAAAGCCCGGAUAAUUUGACCCGAAACGUUGGACUGAUUAAGGAACUAAACAACAACAUCAGAAAGGUUGUCGAUCUCUACGCUGAUCUAUCAACCUCCUUCUCUAAAUCCAUGGAUGCUUCUUCCGAAGGCGAUUCUACCGGUCACAAGAGGCACAGGCCUUACUAGAAAUCUAGAAUGGCAAGACUUGAUUUUUUAUGGGAAAAGGAAUCAUAGAUAUUUGUAGUGAGAUUAAUUCUUUGUCCUAAUUAAUGUCACUGCUAGAAAUAAUUCUUCAAAAAAGGGAAAAGGCUCUGCUGUUGUUAAUGUGUAUGCAGAUGUAUGUACUUGGAAGUUGGAGGAAGAAUGUUUGUAACUUUGUAUCUUCUGAUCUCCUGUUCUAGUUGUUCUUAUGCUGGACAACUUAUUGCCUUAAGUAAAAUUCUGAGGCUAUUAAAAUUGGGAUAAUGUGCAAUUUUUCAAUCCAUUAAUUGAUAAUCUUGGUUUUCUCUUCUAAACAUG